AUGCCUAAAGAUACUUUCAACCUUCCAGAGUACUUCGCUCUUCACUCAUAUCUAUCCGCGUUAAUAUGCGGCGCCUUUGUCCUCCUUCCACGUUCUACUCCAUGGUUCGUUGGCGACGUAGUUCAAUCAUCUUCAACCGAUAGACCUGAGUAUGCGUUUCUGACCCCAUUGACGUCUCGCCCGCUGGUGACAAUGGUCUGGGAUAUCUUGGGCAUGCUAAUUUGUAUGUCAUGGUGGGGUUCCAUCAUGCGGAGAUGGUCGCAGGCCGCCCCCUCAAGGGCGACUGUUGCGAAUGAAGAAGCAAUCAAUGAAAGAACUAGUAGGAACAAGCGAAUGUUGAAUCCUUGGAGCUCCUAUCGACAGUCAUCACCUACAUACUUUUCUACUCUCCCUACACAUAUCUAUCCUCACCGUAGACCCGAAACUCCCUUGGAGAGGGCAUUAGUGUAUCCAGUCAUCGGAACUCUAUCUGGUGCUUGGUGUGGUGCGAUACCUAUCCCUCUGGAUUGGGACAGACCUUGGCAGAACUAUCCCCUCACACCUACCGUCGGAUCUAUCCUCGGCUUCAUCGUUGGAGGGUUCGUUUCAUGGCUUCAUUCUGCGUUGAUAGAUACUGUGGAUGAGGUAUUGCAAACAAAGGAACAGGUGGGAAAUACAUCUAGUGAAAAGAAGAAGAAGAAGCGUACAAAGCGCACAUGA